AGCAAAUCACAUAUAUUACAGGGUAUCCCUAGCAUUCUUUGCACUUCGCGCAGGUUGGCAGCUCCGGUUGCAAUUGUAAACAAACAAUUCCACUGAAAAUCGAUCUCCGGAAGGGAAGAUAAUGCCGCCGUACCAGCGCUGCGGCGACAUCGUGUGGGUGACCAAGAGGCAGACGCGCUCCUUCGCCUUCCAGUGCAUCUACUGCCAGGACAACAGGACGAGCACCUUCAAGGACUUCAAGUUGCACCUGGAGUCGCAGCACUCCGAGCUGUUCCAGGAUGAAGGAAGGAAGGACGUAAAGCUCGUUUCCUUGGCACCCGAGAAACGGGCACUGCGCAGCGGAGCUGGCCGAGAUCAGGAGGCAGUGCUCCCACCCAAGGAAGAGGAUCCCUUGGCCACGCAGGACACAGAUGGGUUGGGUAAGGAGGAAUUCCUGCCUGAAGAGAGUCCCGAGGGAAAUGAGACUGAGUUUCCGGUGGAACAGGAGGAGGACACCCUGCUGGACUGGCCGGAAAGCGAUAGCCAGAGCAUAGCAUCCCUGCAGUCCAGCCAGGAGGAGCAAACCUCCGUGGACACCUCGCACUUCUGGCUGCUGGAGCACCCCAUCAUGCUGGCCUUCAUCGACCAGCUGGAGCAGCAGCCGCAGCUCUGGGACCUGGGCAUGGUGACCUACCGGAACUACAGGCACCGCAGCCUGGCCUGCGAGAAGAUCGCCGCUGGCCUCAGUGACCAGUUUGGACUGAAAAUGUCCCGCCAGGAGAUUGCCACCCACGUCAAGCAGCUGAAGGAUGUCUAUAUCAAGGAAAAGCUGCGCCUGGAGCUCACUACAGAUCCACCAGCCAGUCCCGAGUGGUAUUACGAGCGGCUGCACUUCCUGGUGAGGAGCCUGCGGCGUCCGAAGCAUCCCAACAUGCUGGGCAACGGCGCUGAGCUGCUGGCUGUGCCCCACCUGAAUCAUGCCCAGAACUUGAAGCUCAUCGAGCUGUACCGCCAGUGCAGCGAAAGCUGGGACAUGCAGGACCUCGCCUGCCGGAUGGGCAAUGUGCGGGGGGAGGCCAAGGAUCGCCUGCUGGAGCUGUGCCGCACUGAACUGCAGAUCCCACUCGAUCCCUCGCAGCUGCAGCGUUUCGUUCGCCGCCUGAGGAGCACUUACCACCAGGAGAAGGUGCGCCGACUGCGCAGCGAGCGGGAGGGCAAGGUGUUCCGCUCCCGUUCUCGCUACUACGAGAAGUUGCGCUUCCUGGAGGACCACAUGGCGCCCUUUCAGUGCGACGUGUGCCAGGAGCUGGUGAACAGCGUGGACGGCUACAAGGUGCAUCGGGCCAAGCACGACGGCAGCCUGCCCUUCGUGUGUCCCACCUGCGGCAAGGGCUUCACCAAGGUGGGCAAUGUCACCAUUCACUUGCGCCGCCACACGCAAGACUACCACUUGAGCUGCGAGGAGUGCGGCAAGCGGUUCGCCACCAGCACCGAUCUCAUCGUCCACCGGCGUUCGCACACCGGCGAGCGACCCUACUGCUGUCACAUCUGCGGCGGGCGCUUCAGCACCGUCUCCUUCUUCAAGCGGCACAAGCGGCGGCACGAGCAGCGCCCGGUGGCCAAGUGCCACAUCUGCGGCAAGGGCUUCUUCGAGCGAACCGUCCUAAGGGACCACAUCAAGGGGCACCUGAACGUGCGCGACAAGGAGUGCGAUGUGUGCCACAAGCGCUUCACCAGCGCCAAGUACCUCAAUCGCCACAAGGAGAUCCACGCCGAGCACAAGAAGUACGUGUGCAAGCUCUGCGGCAAGGGCUUCGCCCAGUAUGCAGGCCUCAAGGGACACCUGAAGUCGCACGACCGAAAGAAAAUCAAAGCCGGCGAGGAGGUGCCCAAGUGAUUCUCCUUAGAACUAAGCAGAGAUAAGGGCUGCCACUGAUGAGUAGUGAUGGGAAGUAGGUACUUGUACUGCGCAUCUAAGGAACCCUUUAGGGGAACCCUCACACUUAUAUGUACGGUUCUUGUAAUAGUUAUUGUCAGUAUUGUGCCAGACUUGUCCGAUCUUAGAUACUUUCUUAACCAUAUAUUUGUCUAAGAAUAAGAUGAGGCACCUCUCAGUCUUAUAUAAGCCUAACUUAUUCUUCAAAAGAUAUUUAAAUGAUAUAUUUAUAACCCUUUGAGGCACUUACUACAUUU